UCCGGGAGCAACCACCGACGACCGACUCGCGGUAGAAUUUUCACUUUCAUUUCAACGUUCGAUUUCAACGUGAACGGAAGCGUGCUCGGGUCGCGUUGCCUUUUUUUCCGUACGGCAGACGAAAAGCGUUGUUUGUCCGACGGAAAGUUUCACAGCAUGUGAAUGAAAAGACAAAACUUAACGGAAACAGUGGACAGAUUAGUGGUGGGUGGUGCAUCACUUUUUACGUUGGAUAUUUGUGCGUGCAGCAAAGCAGCAAAUUGCAGCGUUACUAUUGCAAGCUUUACAAAAGAUAGUUUUAUUCAAAAAAAUUUUGUGUCUAAUGGUGCAAACACGUGAAAUGUGUGUUCUAUUCCCAUACGAAAGCAGGGUGGAAUUUUUCCCUGUGGUGACUUUUUGCUACCUUCAAUCAUGAAUGCAAAUAAAAAUUAUUAUAAAUUGAUAUAAAAUUACACAAAGUGUUCGUAUAUUAUAGGAGGAAUAUUUAACCAUUUUCCUCUACAUCAAGGAUAAUAAUAUAAAUCUCCAGAGCUGCAACAUGGAUUUAACAAUACAUGAAGGUUCUCUUUCAGUCGAAUGGUUUCAUUGCUUCAUAAAUCAAUUCCCGAUGGCACCGACCGGACGUUGAGCGUGCCGAACGAUCAACAUUCGCUGGCCGCAACGAUGUCGUCGGAAGAAGCUGCCACCCUAUCGACGAUGGAAACGUUCACCGAACGCUGUCUCGGAUGUACGCUUAGCUACGACGUGCUGCGACCGGCCCAAGACGAACGCGUCCUGCAGUCGACCAUCGGCACGGCGCUGCUACCGGUGGUUACGGCACGAACCAACUGGACCUGGAGCAUUCUCGAUGGAUGGGCAACCGGACAGCAGCAGCAUCCGAACCAUACCGCACCGCAACAGUACGACGCACUCGACGCGCAGGAUGGUUUCCCCCAGUAUGAAUUUGAUCCGGCGUAUCAGCUACGCUACAGCAUCCUCGGAACGGUGCUGCUGACUGUGGCCUAUGCGCUCGUGUUUAUCGUUGGCCUGCUGGGAAACAUCUCGGUCGUGAUCGUCGUGAAGAAAAGCACCAUGAUGCGAUCGCCCACCAAUCGGUUCAUCGUCAAUCUUGCGUACGCUGAUUUAUUGGUCAAUUUUCUCUGCCUGCCGUUUACGCUGAUCGGGAACUUGUACCCAGCUUGGAUCUUGGGGGUGUUCUUCUGCAAAGGAGUUUCUUAUCUGCAAGGUGUAUCCGUUUCCGCUUCCGUCAACACGCUGAUGGCGAUCUCCAUCGAACGUUGCUGCGCGAUAUCAUUUCCCAUUUCGGGCACCAUUACGACCAGACAGUAUCGGUUGAUUGUGACCAUCAUUUGGUUUAUAGCGCUCAGCAUUAACCUACCGUGGCUGUUCGUCUUUACGCUACGUCCCAUCGGUAUACCCGGAAGUAUAGCGCAGAUCUGUACCGAGCUGUGGCCGACACCGGCCUCGGAGAGUUGGUACUUUCUGUUCGCCAACCUGUUCUUCUGCUACCUGGGCCCGCUGAUUGUGAUAUCCAUUUGCUAUGUCAUCAUCUGGAAGAAGGUUGCCUACCGAAAUCUGCCCCGCGAGAUGAUAAUAAACCGCAAAAAUGAAGUCUUCAAUCGCAGCAAGGUGAAGGUCAUUAAGAUGGUUUUCGUUGUGAUCAUCACCUUUGCCAUCUCGUGGUUGCCGCUGUACGCUAUCUUUUGCUUCGUAAAAUUUGCCGGCGAUUUGGUUUACGAUGAAGCGGUCCAAUCAUUCAUUUUAACUAUACUCCCCGUGGCCCAGUGGCUGGGUGCAUCCAACUCGUGCAUCAAUCCGAUUCUGUACGCGUUCAUGAAUCGAAAAUUUCGGGCCGGCUUUAAAAAGUUGUUCCACAGCUGCUGCACAGCGGACGAAGACGAUUGGGACCUACCGACAACGGUGGGCCGGUUGGAGGAAAAAGACAUGUACCUACGUCGGGUGCGAUCAUUUAACAAUGGAAAGCAGCACCAGACGCUACUGCACUACAGCCGAGAACCCUGCUCGACACUGCGCGUGCCAUUGUCGUCCCCAGCAAUCAAUGUGCCAAAUGGUGGGACACGAAAUUAAAAAAAAUUGUACACACAGCACAACAGCUGUUAUACCGAAGCGCAGAAAUGCGAGAUUCUGCGAGUUCGACGGAUUGUAGAUGAGUUUACACAUUUUGUCAUAAAAAAAAAACAACCAAAACAUGUCAAAACAAAUCUUACGUAAAACGUACAUACACAUUUAAAUCUAAAUCUACAAAGCAGUGCGGUGUUGUUGGCCAGAUUAUUCUAAUAAUGCAGAAACAUUAGUCGGGAACCAGAUAAUGCGCUAAUAUUUAUGCUCACUUUUA